AUGCGUCCCUGGACACUCCUAGCCCUCCUCUUCGCCGCCCUGGCUAUUGCAGCCCCCAUGGGCGAGAAUGAAGCCGACGAAGGUGCAAUUGAGAAAGGUGGGAUCCCUGAUGGAGGUCCUGGCGGUCAUGGCGGCGGCCCAGGUGGAGGAGGCCGUGGUGGAGGUGGAGGUCGUGGCGGCGGCGGAGGUCGCGGCGGAGGCGGAGGCCGCGGUGGUGGCGGAGGUCGUGGAGGUGGAGGUCGUGGAGGAGGAGGUGGAGGCCAUGGCGGCCAUGGUGGAGGUCCAUGGUAG